CUCGUCGAUGAGGUCAUAUCUUUCGAUGAAACCAGAAAGUGCUAAUACAAGGCAUUGUUUACACACCAUUACUUCAAUAAGGAAAAAUGAAAGUGGAAAUAUCACUAGCCUUUUGUCUUUCUAUAUCAUCGCUGGUCUAUGGUGACUAUGACUGUAUGUGUAACUAUAAUGUGGAGCAAGCGGUUUAUGCGACCCCUACUGCGAGUGGACAACCUCUUGGGUAUAUGUAUGAAUUUGACUGCAAGCCAGUGACCAAAAUUCAGGAGAAUUCAGACAGCGUUUACACAAUAGAGUACGAAAUGCAGUUGGGUUAUGUGCCCGUGGGUCAACAAGUGCAACUUCAGACAUGCCCAGGCGAACCUUCCAGUACAGAUCUCAUUCCGUCAACAACGGAGGGGUCUGUUACAACAAUGACUACGACAACAACACCCGUACAAACGACAGCUAAAAAUACGACACCAAGACCUACGACAACAACACAAAAACCUACAACAACUACGACGCUAAAACCUACGACGUCAACCACGACACCAAAACCUACGACAUCAACGACGACUCCAAUACCUACGACGUCUACAACGACACCAAAACCUACGAUGCCUUCGACGACUCCAAUACCUACGACAUCGACGACAACUCCAAGACCUACGACUUCAACGACGACUCCAAAGCCUACGACGUCUACGACGACUCCAAGACCUACGACAUCAACGACAACUCCAAAACCUACGACGACUCCAAGACCUACGACAACUGAGAAACCGACAACAGAAUCUACAACAACAACCCCAAAACCGACAACAACAAUGCAGUCAACCACAAUGACAAGUACUACUAGGACUACAAUGCCUUUGACAACCAGGGUCACGACACCGUUCAUGUACUGGUCAAUGGCAGCAAAUGUUCAAGGCACACCAUACCAGUAUGUCGGUGUUGGCUACAAUCUGUUGCAAGGUAACCCAGACACAACAACUGACCCUGGCUAUCUGACAUCACAACGUAUCUUCCAGUUAACAGGAAACUCCAGCUCUGUGAGAGAAGCAGUUUACGAUAAGCAUACAACAUGCACCUCUCAAAGCAAGACGCAGUUGCUGUAUAGUUCCAAAGCCUACCAGGACGAACUUAAAGGCUUUGUACACUCAAGCCCAACACAUAACGCUCACCUGAGUGACUCUGCAUUUACACAUAACACCCAGUUCGAAUCCAUUCGCCAGUCUUUGGACCUUGCGAACAAAGUGAUUAUCGACAAGACAACUACAUGCAGUUACGGAAGCGUGCGUUACCUCACAGAAAAUGUGAAGACUGAAAAUUUCUCAGUUACUCGUGAUUUCGCAAAGGAAUUGUGUGCACUACCUCUAGACAGCAUGAAAGCAAACAGCUCAGAACAAUACAUGCAAUUCCUCGACAAAUGGGGAACGAGUAUAGUUACACGUGUGGACCUGGGACGUAAGACUGUGGACCGCUACCAAACAACACCGGUACAGGUAUUUCAGCACGUGCAGCAGACGGAUUCCAACCUUUUGAAACACGAGGGUCCAUACAAAAGUUUUACGUCAUCUGUUGCAAUCAACACCCACGAUUACCCAUAUAGUAAAGCCGCCAUGAGCACAUUUGGAACACAUCGGACGUCAUCAAUGGGCUCUCAGAUACACCAAAUACCAGUCAGUGCUGACCUUGUACCAAUUUCUGAUGCACUUAACUGGGAGUAUUGGAAGCCGAUAGCAGCUGAGCUUGUUGCUGAAGGACUUUGUCCGGACAGUAUCUUGGGUUCGGGCAUGACCCAGUAUGUGAGCAGUAUGAACUUUGCUCUAAAACAAUACACCGCCUUCAAGGGUGCACAAUCUGGGUACAAGUAUUCACAUACUCUCAUAGACCGCCCAGCGAUUCAAGUGCCUAUCACGUGGCCAUCCGGAACCUAUGGAUUGAUGAAGUCCGCUAACGGCUGCCCUGGUGAUAACACGCGGUGGCAGGAGGGUUGGAGAAAGUUCGACACCGAGGAUACCUUCAGCUCCCAUAAUUCAUUCUCAUCUGGAAUUCAAAACUAUCUGUCCGGUGAAUUCCACAGCAAUGACAUAAUUAACCGGUUCUGUAUGAAAACAAGCACACAUAGUAUAUCUGGGAGUCAGUAUGAUCAACAGUGGCCGCGGGGAACUUACUGUUUGUUAAAGAAAGGGGCGUGUCCUUCAGGGUUUGGUAGCGGAUAUAUAUUCUGGGAUGACGAGGAUUUGACCAAUCACAAUGCAGCAGGAGGAAUACUACCAGACGGAACUUAUGACAAGAACACAAAAAUGUAUUUCUGUUGCAGGAAUGAUGGCUCUCCGUCCACAAAACUUAUUUUGCCAACAGACCGUCCAUUUGUGAUGCUUAGGUAUGGACGUACUUGUCAAGCAGUGCAUGGAAUGAGCGUGCACGAAGUUUACGUGCGUUGGGACGACGAAAAUACUUUUAACAAGGACAAGUCCUCGGGGAUGCAUCCACUAGAUGAUGGCGGUAGUAAGGAUCAUAAAAUACAUUUCUGUUACUACCAAUCAGCCGCCGGACCGGGACUUAUUGGUUAGAAUGUCAACUUUAGUUAUCUUAUAUUCGUUUCCGUGUCAUAUGUAUCUGUUCAAAUAUAGCAAUGUAAUUA